CUGGGAUUUAUCGUACAAUCAAAGAAGGCAAAUGUUGAAAGACAUGGAAUUAUAUGAUUAUAUCGCACUAUUUCCAGCUUUGAAGAUGCCAGAAGGGUUUCACCUACUAGUGAAACAUUUUGAAAUCAUGUAUCCUUCCAGUAACAAAUAUUUUGAUUUGAAGUGGCCCAGUAUCAAGCAAGGUAUUCAGAUCUUGACAUUGGAGAAACAUCUAUGGAAGGACGGUGAAUGUUAUAACGAUGUGAUUGCCUUGAUGCUAUUGCCCCUACUAUUUCCACCUACUACUGUAAGAAGUGGCAAGAGAUCAUGGCGUCCUUCAAAAUUGGAGGUGUCAAAAAGCUUCAUAUUGCAAGUAAAUAAUCCUUCUGAUAUACAUCAGGUAGUUGAACCAACAGAAAAUCUGCACAACAGAAAAAAUCACAUUGCAAUCAUUUACAAUAGUCUGCGGGAAUACAAAGAAUUUGGAAUCGAUUCUGGUAUAUCGAGUGUCUUGUCGAGUGUCUUGAUAUAGAUAAAG